GUCGGAAACUUCUUUAAACCAAGGGUUACUCCCUCCAGAAACUUCCAUUUUCAUCCAGAAACACAGCAUUGCUCCCUCCAGAAACUUCUCGUUCCGCUCACCCUCUCCUCUCGUCUCCUCCUAUAAAUUAACAUCUCCCUCUUUCUAUCCCAUUGCAACACAUCGCAGAAAAGUUAGACGAAAGCUACCUCCAAAUACCUCCCGGUUUCUGAUAAAUUCUCCCGUCAAUAAAGUAGAAGCAAAGGAAAUGGAUUUGAGGAUUAUGGAUUUCGACAGCCCUCUGUUUUCGACUCUCCAGCACAUGCUCGACGUGUCUGAGGAGGCUGACAAGUCGUUCAACGCUCCGACGAGGACCUAUGUUCGCGACGCCAAGGCCAUGGCUUCGACUCCGGCAGACGUUAAGGAAUACCCCAACUCCUAUGCGUUCAUCGUCGACAUGCCUGGGCUUAAAUCCGGAGACAUCAAGGUUCAGGUGGAGGAUGGCAAUGUGCUCCUCAUCAGCGGAGAACGCAAGAGGGAGGAGGAGAAAGAAGGGGUCAAGUAUGUCAGGAUGGAGAGGAGGGUCGGCAAAUUCAUGAGGAAGUUCGUAUUACCAGAAAAUGCCAACACCGAUGCCAUUUCUGCUGUCUGUCAGGACGGCGUGCUCACUGUCACUGUUAACAAGCUGCCUCCGCCGGAGCCGAAGAAGCCCAAGACCAUCGAAGUUAAAAUUGCCUAGGUGUGCGAAUGGAAGGAAGUCGUAGUUUCAUCGUAUAAGAGUAAUGUUGGCCGAGGUCGUGGGAUUGAGUAUUUGGUUCAGUGUUUUCAUGGCUGUUUCGUUCUUACUAUAUUGGGUUGGGUAUAUGGUCGUCAUCGGAUUGCCACCUAGACGAUGACACCCAUUGCCCUGUAGUAGUCGUCUAUGCGUAUUAAGAUUGAUAUAUCUAGUUAUCUACUAAUGAGAAGUCUUUUUGCUUUUUUGGCAAUCUCUA